AUGACAGAUUUCUCAGUGCACCGAAUUAUCGGCCGAGGCGGCUUUGGCGAGGUCUUUGGCUGCCGAAAAGUAGACACUGGCAAGAUGUAUGCAAUGAAAUGCUUGGAUAUUAAGAGGAUCAGGCUCAAAAAUGGCGAGGCAUUAGCGCUGAACGAACGCAAAAUGCUGCAAGCUGUCUCCGAGGGCGAAGACUGUCCAUUUAUCGUCUGCAUGACUUAUGCAUUUGUGACUGCUGACCGCGUUUGCUUCGUCCUCGACCUCAUGAAUGGUGGAGAUCUUCAUUAUCAUUUAACUCAGCACGGGUGCUUUACAGAACCGCAAGUUCGAUUUUACGCGGCAGAAGUCACCCUCGGCUUGAAGCACAUGCAUGAAAGAAACAUUGUCUAUCGAGACUUGAAGCCAGCUAAUAUUUUAUUAUGCGAGUCAGGACAUGCCAAAAUUUCUGAUCUUGGACUUGCAUGUGAUGUCAAAAAGAAACUACCUCAAGCUGCGGUCGGAACUCAUGGAUACAUGGCCCCAGAAGUUCUUACUCGCGGACAGACAUAUUCUCUUCCAGCGGAUUGGUUUUCACUUGGAUGCAUGCUUUACAAACUUCUGAAGGGCCACAGCCCGUUCCGAAGUAACAAAGCAAAAGACAAGCGCGAGAUCGACAGAAGAACUCUUGAAUACAAGCCCGAAAUGCCUCAGGAUUUCACACCCGAGCUUCAAGACCUUUUGAAUGGACUCUUGACCAAAGACCCUAAAAAACGUCUUGGUAUUGGCGGUGCUAAAGAUAUCAUGAAACAUCCCUGGUUCGACGAAGUCGAUUGGUCUCGCCUAGCAAGAUUAGGUUACGACCCACCGCUUAUACCUCCAAGAGGGGAGGUAAACGCCGCGGAUGCCUUCGAUAUCGGAAACUUUGACGAUGACGAAACCAAGGGCAUCAAGCUCAGUGAAGAAGAUCUCGCGCAUUAUGAGAAUUUCACGACUAUCGUCAGCUCUAGGUGGCAACAAGAGGUCUUGGACACGAUCUGGAAUGUUGUUAACACAGAACGCGAUCGCGAAGACAGCCUGCUGACGAAACGUCAGUCAAAAGCCUUUGAGCACGCUUAUGGCAAGGACGUGAUCAUCUGGGGCCCCUGUCAAAGACUUGGCGGCCCCUUUCAAUCCCAGUGGCAGAGAAAGCACCUGUUUCUCUUUCCAAAUCGUCUCGAAUUAGGAAUGGAUGGAGAUCUUCACGUUUGGCCGCUAGAAGAGCUAAUAGCAAUUACAGAUCAUACGCAUCGUGGAUACAGGACAAUUCAGCUGAGGUUGAAAUCUCAAAAAGAGUUUUUGAUCAAGUUCGACUCUGAGUGUGAAAGACAUCAAUGGCUAACAGAUUUAACCAGAACGUGGCAAGAAGCUCAGAGGCUCCUGAAGCGCGGGCCAAAGCAAAUCUCCACCCAGCGAUCCGUCAAAGACGAAGCUAAGCAAAAAGGUGCAAUCAUCCUCGCCCAAAAGCAGAAGAAUAACUCGACGAGCUAA